AUGGCUAUCAAAAUGAUGAUACUUUUCGUGAUAUUCAACAGUUGCUGUUCAGCAAAUUAUCAAGAAGAAAGAUCUCAGGACCGAUAUGGAUCCGAUCUAACAAGUAAUAAUGAUCUAAGAAUCGAGAUUUGUAUUUAAUUUAAGAAUAUAAAAGAUAAGACCUUCUCCCAUAACACUCACCACUUUCGCCCCCUCCUAUCCUUCUCUCCCUCACCAACUUCCCCAACCCCCUCCUCCCCAUGAGAGUUGGCAAACUCGCGACCUUGGCUAGUUGUUAAUGCUUUCCCAACACUAUCAUAUAUUUGAAGUCAAAACAUAGUUGAAACCUGACUCACCAAACCUUUAUUUUGUUAAUCUUCAGUCCGGCCUUGUUUGACCGGCCGUAAAUCUUUCCAUUAUUCUAUUUUUUUAAAGAAAAUUUUGCGUUUGGUCGACCUACUAGCCAGUCUAGUACGUUCAACAAUGGCCACGCCUCGCGGCUUACCGAUGGUAACACUAAUCCAUACUUCGGGAACAACAGUUGCUCUGAAACAGAUGUAGGAAAUGAUGUUUCAUGGGAGGUAACAUUUCAAACCAAAAUCUACAUCACUUCUGUGACGAUUACGACCAGAGCAGACCCUUACUGGAUGUACUCGGAUUAUUUUGAAAUCAAACUAAAAAAUGAAACGUCGGAGUUUCCUUCGCCGUGUGCAACUGGUAUCCUCGCCAACAAUGGCGAGGUAAAGACGUACGCGUGUCACACGCCUUAUCAAGUUACGGCGAUCAGAAUUGUUCUCCCUGGAAUUGAAAAAAGAUUGUCUUUGUGUGAGGUGGAAGUUCACGGCCGAGAAUUCGAUUUUUUUGAAAACGAAGGUAUAAUUACGCUGUUUGUUCUCUCAGCAUUAUCUUUAUGUAUAGGUUAUAAACUUGGAAUAUAAGUUAUAGAUUGACGCGAGGGCUUUCAGUCCCCGAGAUAUAUGAUUUAUAACCCAAGUUGGAGGUUUAUAACUGACUUAAUUAUUUAAAAGUUGAGGAAGUUUUUGAACAAGGUUUCAUCAAUUUCAAAAGCUUUCGAUCAAGAUUUUCGAGUUUUGUCGACUAGUUUAACCCCGCAAAACGGCCCUAUCUCAACUACGAGUUAGGUUUUGAAACUCACUGUUCUCACCAAAAGUUCCAAUGCAGUGAAAAUGAAGUUGUUUGAACGCGUGGAAAUUAGUUUUCGGUUUGAAACCCGACAAUUAAGAAAAAAUGGCUGGAAUUCAUUUCACAACACAAGAAAAACUACUCAUUCGUCAUCUUUAACCAGUUUAUAGUGUCCCUUAGUGCCCCUGCUUUAAAACAUUGCAUCUCAACUACAUUUAUUGAGUAUACUAUAGGUGUCAGCCUAACAUUGGGGGGAUGGGGGGAGACAGCCGCCCCAGACCCCCAGCUGUUCAGCUAAACUCAAUCUUCCCUGCAAAAACAGGCCCAAGAGAAAAUCCUGAAACUACUAUGCAAUGUAGUAUUUUUCCAAAGGACAUAUGUAAUCUUGUUUAAUUAGUUUAAAUUCCCAGCAGCCACGACAUAUUAAUAUAAUUUUUUUCUCCCCAGUUAACUACGCUCUACGACAACCAGCGAAAGAGUCCUCCAAUUAUGACAGCAGUGUGAUGGCCUCUGUUGCUGUGGACGGUAACAGAGACCCUGCUUGGCCGCAAUGCACACAUACCUCGCCUUCACAGACCUCACGCCAUUGGUGGAAAGUAGAUAUGGGCAAGAGCACCCUGGUUUAUGCAGUCACUGUUACAAACAGAAAUACCGAAGGAUACAGGUUAGGUGACUUUGAAAUAUUUAUCAGUUCGAGUGAGAACCUAGUGGAAGAACAAGGCCCAACCUGUGAUGGACGACAUGGCGUUGACGAAGGAGCAACUCGCACGUUUUUUUGUAAACAGCCGCUUAGAGGACGAUAUGUUGCAGUCGUGUCCCGUUUACAGGACGUUUUAACCGUCUGUGAAGUUUCUGUGCAGGGAUGGGAAGAUGGUAUGACGUCGACCUACACCCUUUACUCGCUGCCUUUGGCAGAUUUGGUUAAUUGUAGGUUAUCAUUUGGUAACGAUGACGUCACAGACACCUUGCUUUCAUCUCACAUGUGACGUCAUACUUGCUAGUCCAAAACUGCCAAAGCCAGCCGAGGUUAAAUUCUCCCUUACUGGAAUAGGGAGAACAGUUUAGAACUGAUAAAGCUAUCUAGUAUAAAUAAAAUUAAUUUACCUGUAGUAACAUAGGAUCAAUAAGAGAUAACUCUUGCUAAACUUCUAGAAAGAACAGUAGCUUAGAAAUAGUAGAGAUAUCCAGUACAAGAGAUAUCAGUGGUUUCCUCCUGUAGUAACACUGGUCACUAGAUCAAUAAGAGAUUACCUUACUGGACCUCAAGGAAGAACAAUUUAGAACUAAUAGAGCUAUCCAGUAUAAAUAGAGUUAGUUUAGUAAGUUAUAGUUUAAAUAAAGUUAUAGUUAGUAAGUUAGUUUAGUAAGUUAUAAAUAAAACUGAUAAACUGUGACCCUCGAUUGAACUAUUUAGUAUAAAUAACAUUAGUUUAGUUUAGUUUAGUUUAGUUUAGUUUAGUUUAGUUUAGUUUAGUUUAAAAUUUUCCUUCUACAAAUCUCUUCAAAAACAAUGAAAUGGUGAUUUGGGACUAGCACCUUGCGAUCAAUAUAUCCUACCAAGCAAGUCUUUUAAGUCUUUCCGUUUUUUCCGUCUCUAGAAUGCAUCGCUCCACGUCCGUUGGGUAUGGAAGGUAGUCGUAUUUUGGAUUCCCAGAUUUCGUCAUCUUCCGUCCAUACUCCUGUACGUUAUGACGCGCAAAAUGGAAGACUUAACUAUAACCGUUGGGAUGAUCGAGUAGCUUGCUGGAUACCCGGCAAUAAUGAUGGAAACGCCUGGCUACAGGUUGAUUUUCUAUGGAUUGUCUCUGUGACUCAAAUCUGGACCCAAGGCCGUGGUACAACAGAUCAUUCCCCAUUAUGGACGAAAACGUACAAGCUUUCUUAUGGAGGAAAUGGGGUGGACUUUCUGUUUUAUACCGAAAAUGGAGUAGAUAAGGUUAGCUAAUCAGUGGUGUAGAACUGAAAUGAUGACAAGGGGGGCCUCUUUCAGGGGGAGGGGGGUGACAAGACAUGGGGGGCUGCAACAUGAUCAACUAGUGUUUUUUGAAGAAAGGACUUAACUUCUAAUAAAGAUUCCGAUACACCGAAGCUAUUUCAUAUUGGAGCCACAUACAUGACGUAAUAGUAUGAUCAUAGUGAUCAAGUACAGAUUACUAACACCAUUACCACAUCGUUUCGACAGUACCGUUGCAAAAAAUUUCCAGGUUAAGAACAUGCAAUCUGCAAUAAUAUUGAGAGGUCAGGCCCCCAAAUCAGCAUGAAAUGUUUGACAAAAGAGUCUUAGAGAAAAUGGGAAGAUUGCUAGUUGAACUUGAUUCCUGCCAGACUACAGAUGUGAAUUAACUGGAAAAAUUUUUGAAAAUCCAUAAAAGGUCAUAGAAUGGACAUUGUAUGGACCUUCGUUGGAAAUAGAAUGGAUUUUGAUUAUCCAUAAUAAUUGUAUAUUUCCAUAGUAUGAAUAUAAUAUGGAAAUACUAUGGAUUUAGUGGUACAAUUGCCAAUUUUGUAGUAUGGAUUUUCCCAGUGAUUGGGUAUAGACAAACGCUGAUCGAGUGGAAAUUUGUUUAUGGGGAAUGAAUCUUACUAAACCUGGAAGUAGGGAGAACAGUUUAGAACUGAUAGAAAGGUCCAGUAUAAAUAAAAUUGUUUUGUUUUAUUUGUCAACUGUACUUUAAUUUAAUCUUUUAUAUAUAGAUAUUUAAGGGAAACUGGGAUUCAAAUUCAAUUUCCCGUAAUUUCUUGUCGCCAAGCAUUGUAGCACGUUUUGUCCGCGUUCAUCCACUGGAAAAUGAAAGGUAUCGCGCAAUGAGGGUGGAAUUUGUUGGUUGUUAUUCUGGAGACGAAGGUACAGUAUUGAUUGUUUUUAUCCUGGAGACGCAUUAUGCGUCUGGACGAACUAGGGCAAGCAUGCACUGUUCGUCUGGUUAAUAUGCAUCUUCAGUAUAAAGACGGGCACAAGAUGCAUUAUGCGUCUAGAAGAACUAACUUCGACGCACAAUCGCCGCACGCUUCGACGCACAAUCGAUGAUAGUUCGUCUAAACGCAUAACGCGUCUUUCCACUGAAGACGCAUGAUAACAAAGAUAGCUAGGAUCAGGGUACUAUUAAUAUAGGUAAUUACACGAGAAGGAGUGCAAUGGACCAUUCCCCAAUUGACCAAAAUUUUGAUCUCAACAAUUCUAGACAAAAAUUUCAUCACAGCUUGAAAGAGCAUCACAAAAUUAGUAAUAUUCCAAAGUUUCGUUACAAAAUGUUGUAAAAUGCGGAUAAUAUGGCCUUGCGAAGUUUGCAAUUAAUUUUCAGUCACAUUUUAGAUUACAAACGGGAAACGGUUACCACUUUUUUGCGUAAUUUAAAAUGACUGAAAAUCACAAACUUCGCAAGGCUAUAUUAUCCGCAUUUUACAACGUUUUGCAACGAAACUUUGGAAUAUUACUAAUUUUGUUAUGCUCUUUCAAGCUGUGAUGAAAUUUUUGUGUAGGCUAGUUAAUAUAAAAAUUUUGGAAAAGUGGUAACCAUUUCUCGUUUGUAAUCUAAAAUGACUGAAAAUUGCAAAUUUCGCAAGGCUAUAUUAUCCGCAUUUUACAACAUUUCGCAACGAAACUUUGAAAUAUUACUAAUUUUGUGAUGCUUUUUCAUGCUAUGAUGGAAUUUUGUCUAGACUUGUUGAGAUCAAAAUUUUGGUUAAUUGGGGAAUGGUCCAUUAAUGUAGCUUCCUCCGCAAGCAUCUCGUGGUACUUACCUAAAAUCGAUUAGGUAACCCAAUAAGAACAUCAGUUAUUUGAAUAACUAAAAAUGAUAUAAGUUCUCGACGAUUAAGAGAUGCCUGCGGAGGAGGCUGCAAUUAAUGAUUACACUACGAGUGAUUCUUACGAGCAGCCAGGGCGAGUGCAAUUUGACAAACUUCAAAAAUCACAAAUAGUUUUAAUCAUUGAUUGCACGGCCUGCCCGUAUGAUUAAUUUAUUUAUUAUUUUUAUCAGCUUUAUUGGACAUAAAAAUUAUAGAUUACAAGGUGUACGUCCAAUAAGGCUAGUUCAAACGGGAAAACAAGACCAUAUAUAUACAUGAGAAAAUUAUAGCUUUUCCUAUUCCAGAUAAUUUUCCGUUUUAACAGGCCGUGUUUUUUGUGUAUUUUCAUUUUCUGCUUUUGUUUCGAGUAAGUGAAUUGUUUCAAGCAAGCGAAUUGUAGACUCGUUUGUAUUUACAAAGCAAGCCGCCAUUUCGCUUUUUUCAAAUCAUUGAAUGCACUCCUGGUGAGAGCAAUUAAUGAAAAAAUUGCACUCCUCUUAACCAAUAAUUUUGUCAUGUAUAUAAUAAAUAUGGAAAUUGAACUUUUGCUAAUCCUAGGUUAUAGACGAGCAAAACCUCUGGGUAUGGAAAAUUAUGAAAUAACUGAAACUCAGUUGACGGUUUCAUCCUAUCACCAAAAUGGGUGGAAGAAAGGCUAUGGCAGAUUGAACUUUUAUCAUCAGUCUCGUGGUGCAUGGUUGCCUGCAGGAUCUGACCCAGAGAAAUGGCUCGAAGUGGAUUUUAUUCUCAUAGCCACCAUUGUCGAAAUUUGGACACAAGGGUGUAAGUCGGGUAGCAGCCAUUGGUAUACGAAGACGUAUGAGGUGCAUUAUGGGUAUGAACGCGAGUUCUUUCAAGCUUAUAGUGAAGAAAGUACAACAAAG